AUGUCAGAUAAGGAUGAUGCUAGAAGCGUUGUCGAGAGUGCUAUUGGAGGAUUCAGUUCCAAUGACUCUGGAACAAACGAGAACACAUCAACGAGAUGGCAGAGUUUUAGAGAUUCAUUCAAGAGACCAGAGAAAGAGAAACCACAAGAAUAUAACGAUCAGUUAGAUGACAUAGAAAAAGCCAAUAUAGGUGCCUCAAAGUCACCUUUAUUAAGAGAUUUGAAAAAUAGGCAUUUACAAAUGAUUGCAAUUGGUGGAAGUGUGGGGACUGGUUUAUUAAUUGGAAGUGGGUCUUCUUUGAGAACAGGUGGACCGGCUGCAUUGCUUAUAGCUUGGGGGCUCGUAGGUACGAUGGUUUUCUGUACUAUUCAUGCAUUAGGGGAGUUAUGUGUUGCUUUUCCUAUCAGUGGUGCUUUUUCAAGUUAUGCUACAAGAUUUGUUGACCCAUCAUGGGGUUUUGCAGUGGGAUGGAACUAUGCUUUAAUGUGGCUAAUUGUGCUUCCGCUAGAAUUAGUUGCUGCGGCGAUGUCGAUUCAAUAUUGGGAUAACUCAAUCAACCCUGUUGCAUGGGUGGUUAUCUUUUAUAUCUUCAUUUUCGUUAUAAAUUUAUUUGGGGUUAAGGGUUAUGGUGAGGCCGAAUUUUUCUUAGCCAUAAUCAAGAUAAUUGCAAUUGUCGGGUUUAUAAUAUUAGGUGUUGUAUUGGUCUGCGGAGGCGGUCCAACCCACCAUUUCAUUGGUGGUAAAAAUUUUCAUAAUCCUGGAGCAUUUGCAAAUGGGUUUAAAGGUGUUUGUACCGUGUUUGUGACUGCAUCAUACAGUUUGGCAGGAUCAGAAAUGGUUGGGCUUGCAGCAGCUGAAACAGCUAAUCCAAAGAAAACAUUACCAAAAGCCAUCAAGCAAGUCUUCUGGAGAAUUUUUCUUUUCUAUAUUUUAUCGUUAAUGUUCAUUGGACUUAUUGUGCCGUAUGAUUCAGAUGAAUUAUUAGGAUCAUCUAGCAGUGGAUCUGCAUCUCCUUUUGUUAUUGCAAUUAAAAUCGGUGGUAUUGAAGCUUUGCCUUCAAUUUUCAAUGCCGUGAUUUUAAUCUCAGUCCUUUCCGUGGGUAAUUCAGCUGUUUAUGGAUGCUCUCGUACAAUUCAAAGUUUAGGAGCCCAAGGAUUAGGGCCCGAGAUACUUAAUUAUGUUGAUCGUCGUGGUAGACCACUAGCAGGAUUAGCAUGUUCAGGAGUUUUUGGGUUGUUAUGUUUCCUUAGUGCUUAUGAAAAUGAAGGUGAAGUGUUUAAUUGGUUGUUAAGUGUUAGUGGGUUAGCUACCAUUUUUUCAUGGUUUAGUAUUGGAUUGUGUCACUUAAGAUUCAGGGCUGCUUUGAGGUAUCAAGGAAGAUCUACUGAUGAAUUAUCAUUCACAUCGAUUACAGGCAUUUGGGGCUCUCUUUAUUCCAUGGUUUUCCUUAUAGUUGUGUUGGGUGUCCAAUUCUGGGUUGCAUUAUUUCCAAUUGGCAGUAAUGGCCAGGCAAAUGUAAAGAGUUUCUUCCAAAACUAUUUAGGAGUAUUCGUGAUAUUGUUGUUUUAUGUUUGUCAUAAAAUCUAUUCGAGAAAUUGGAGAUUGUAUAUAAAGUUGGACAAAAUAGAUUUAGAUACGGGUAGACGGGAAAAUGAUACUGAUUUAAUGAAUUAUGAGAUUGAUGGAGAUACAAAUGAAGAGGAGGUACCUAUGUAUUUAAGAAUUUGGAGAACCUUAGUUUAA